AUGAGUGACAAUUUAGAGAAGCGGAGUGCUAAAGAAAAACAAAAAUCUACGUGGAGUAAAGAAUUAGAUAAGAAGAAACGAAGAAAAGGUGGUAAGUGUUGUAGUGUUAUUAUUGAAAGUGGGAGUACUAAUAUUUUGGUAUCUAAGAAGAUGGUAGAGAAGAUUGGAUUGCAGAGGCUUAAGCACCCUUGUCCUUACAAGGUAAAAGCGCCAAUGUCUGUACCAUCAUUUAUAAAAGUUUUCAGCAUAUCUGGUGUUGUGGUAGGGGUAAUUCUUGUAUUCAGCUUCUUCGUCCGGAAGUACAAAAAAGCGUCGACAACUUCCUCUUCACGAUCAACUGUACAUAGAGUCGGGAAAGAUGAUACUCGACAACAGCCUCAUUCAGAUGAGUCCUCCAAACUGCAAAUAGUGUCUCACAGAGCAACACCUAUUCAUAACCCAAUUCAUGACAUGCAUGAACUAGUGCCUACACAUAUCUAUGCAAACCUCACACCUGAACAGAUAGCUUAUAUCAAAAGCUGUUGCCAAGAGUCUCAGCGAAUUGGGGAAGGAAGCUUUGCACGAGUUUAUAGGGGCAUCUUCCAAGGUAAAGAUCUCGCUAUAAAGAAAAUAGAACACAGAUCCCCUGACACAAAAUUAUGGGUGGAGAAUGAAGUUGAACUUCUGCAUAUAAAGGAGCACAUAAACAUAAACAGGCUGUAUGCUUGGUGUAUAGAAGAAAAUAUAUCCUACUUGGCCUACAUAUAUAUAGAUGGAUGUUCUCUGGAUGACUAUUUGAGAGGAAAUUGUAUAGGAUUUUCCUACAGUUGGAAGCAAAGCUUUGGAAUGAUAAUGGGUAUAGCCAGGGGAAUCGAAUUCUUACACUUGAAUAAAAUUAUUCAUGUCGAUAUCAAGCCUCAAAAUAUUAUGGUGGAUGCUAAUGAUAACGAGGCAAAGCUUGUUGAUUUUGGGUUCGCUAGGCAUGCAGAUUGGGAGGGCACGCACAGGUCAACUGAUAAAAUAAUAGGUACUAAAGGCUACUGGGCUCCAGACUAUUGCUGGAAUAACAGGCUCUCUUAUAAACAAGAUGUUUAUAGCUUUGGGAUUGUUGUGUUGGAGAUGAUAACAGGGCACAGACAUGUUGAUCAAGCACGAAGUUCCAGUGAGUUCCAUAUUCCAGAUUAUGUACGACACAUGAUAGAGAAAAACCGUUUUGAGGAAGCUGUAGAUCGUAAGCUUAAACAGGAUGGGUGGGAUAGCUAUGCUUUAGAAGAAGCCUUGGCUGUUGCAAACAUAGCUCUCAGAUGUGCUCGCUUUGAUAAGGCCGAGCGACCUGAUAUGAAUCAUGUUGUUACAGAGCUCAGUUCGGUGAUGAGCAGCGCCCACAACCAUAUUGGCAUUGAACGGAAAGAAGAAGAGAUUACAAUUAUAUAG